GACGUCAGAUUGUGUGAGUCGGGGCUGGGCUGGGAAACAGUAGCUGUUGGAAAAAACAUGUAACGGUGCAAGGUACGCUGCACCUUCUCACGACAUUCCUUACUGAGACCCAGUUCACCUAACGAGACAAACUCCUAUCUAUCAUAUUGUGACUGUGUCAGGUGGUGGGGAAGGCCUAAUCCCUCAUCUUCAAUAGGCCCCCCCCCCCAGCCACGGACAAACAAGGAGCCAUGAGUACAUCAGGCAAAGCCAGUGGGCUAAAACCCCCCAGUAAAAUAGUCCGUCCCUCUGGCGUUCCAUCACGGACAUCACCGUCAUCUGGUACCUCAAAGCCAGUUCCUCCUGAAAAGUCCCCUGGCAGUGUGACCUCACCAGUCCAAGAUGGAAACACAGACUUUAAAAUUGGAGAGAGAGUCUGGGUCAACGGCAACAAGCCUGGCUAUGUGCACUUUGUUGGAGGGACGCAGUUUGCUCCCGGCCAGUGGGCAGGCAUUGUGCUGGACGAGUCGAUAGGGAAAAACGAUGGCUCUGUGGCAGGGGUCCGGUACUUCCAGUGUGAGGACGGACGGGGGAUAUUCACGCGGCCUUCAAAGCUCUCAAGAACAGCACUGCCAGAGAAGGAGACGAAUGGGGGCCAUGCCAGUCCAGCACAAGGAGUCUCUGCAACAAGCGAGACAGCACCUGCUGGCACUACUUCAGCUACUCCAGGCACCGGCAUUAAGACAGGCGGAGCACUUAACCGGAUCCUGACAUCCAGCGAGUCAGUGUCCAACCUCUCCGACCCAGAUUCCACGAAGAAGAACAGAAGGGAACUAAGGCUGGGAGACCGAGUGUUGGUUGGUGGUACCAAGGCAGGAGUGGUAAGGUUUCUUGGAGAGACAGACUUUGCUAAGGGAGACUGGUGUGGAGUCGAACUAGAUGAACCUCUAGGCAAGAAUGAUGGCGCUGUAGCUGGAACCAGGUACUUCCAGUGCAUGCCCAGGUAUGGCCUGUUUGCUCCAGUUCACAAGGUGACCCGAAUUGGCUUCCCCUGUACCACCCCUACCAAGGCAAAGAGCUCACGGAGGAGGUCCACUCUCAAAAGAAGCCCCAGCGCUUCCUCCAUCAGCUCCAUCAGCUCCGCCACCUCCUCAAUCAGUGGGAAACCCAGCCGAGCAGGACUGCUGACAGAGACGUCAGCUCGGUACGCUCGUAAGAUUUCAGGCACCACAGCCCUGCAGGAGGCUCUGAAGGAGAAGCAGCAGCACAUCGAGCAGCUGCUGGCAGAGAGGGACCUGGAGAGGUGCGAGAUGGCAAAAGCAACCAGCCAUGCAGGAGAGGUGCAGCAGGAGCUGACUCUGCUGAGGAAAUGCCGGGAUCAGUACGCACUGGAGAUGGAGGCCAAGAUGGAUCAGCUGCGGUCGAUGGUAGAAGCAGCAGAUAGAGACAAAGUGGAGCUGCUCAACCAGCUAGAGGAGGAGAAGAGGAAAGUGGAGGACCUACAGUUUCGAGUAGAAGAGGCAUGCAUCACCAAGGGAGACCUCGAGACGCAGACCAGGCUGGAGCAUGCCCACAUAAAGGAGCUUGAGCAGAGCCUGCUCUUUGAAAAGACCAAAGCUGAAAAACUCCAGAGGGAUUUAGAGGACACUAGGGUGGCCACAGUGUCUGAGCGCUCCAGGAUAAUGGAGCUAGAGAGGGAGGUGGCAGAUCUCCAGCUCAGGCUCCGGGCGUCCCAGCAGAAGGAGGAUGCUGUGUCUCUGUCACAGCAACAAAUCAGCAGCCUCAAGGCACAGGUUCAGUCUCAGGAGAAGAAGAUCAGUGAGCUGAGUGUUGACCUGGAGAGCAAACAGAAAGAGCUUCAGUCUGUACAGCAGGAUAAGACGUCUUUGGAAGAACAGCUAACCAGUCUGAGAGAAAAGCUUGAGACAGCUGAGGAGGAGAACAGGAAGGCAGCAAAGACGAUGCAAGGAUUGGAGCAGAUUGUGGAGCAUUCGACGAAAGACUACCAGACACUGACAGAGGAGAAUCAGUCCAGGGAGAAAGAGCUAAGAGCCCAGCUGACACAGGCCACUGAAAAGUCAGAGAGGUUGGCCCUUUCGCUGGAGCAGUUGACCCUUGACAAAAGAACACUGGAGACACAGCUUGAGGCUUUGAAACAGCAGAACUCCAAAUAUCAGGAAGAGCUCAGUCUCUCAAAAGAGCGGAGCAGCUCAGAAAACCAGCGUAUUGGCAUCCUCUGCAAGGAAAUUGAGGAGCUGAAGCUGGCAUCCCACAAGUCUCAGCAUCCUGAUGAGCACAACGAGGAUCGCAGCAGUCAACAGCCAGACAUGAAGACCAGAGAAACUGUCUCAAAUGUGGAAUCAGAGGGGGACACAAACUUCCAGAAAUCCACUGGAGCCUUAAUCUCAGACAAAGACCGGGAAUUAGAAACUCUGAGGAAUGAGAUCGCGGUGCUGCGAGGAGAAAACGCCAUGGCCAAGACCCUGCAGUCGGCCGUGGAAACGCUAGAGAGAGACAAAGCUCAGCUGCAGAGCCGCGUUCACAGUCUAGAGCAAAGGCUUAUGGGAGCACAAGCCUUGGAGGAAGGAGACAAGGAACUCCCACCCUCUGGUGAUGCAGCUCUGGAGCAGCUGAGGGAAGAGAAGGAGUUUGCAGAGGGACAGAUCAACUUCUUGAAUAGUGUGAUUGUGGACCUGCAGCGGAAGAACGAGGAGCUGAAGAUCAAAUUGAAGAAGCUUGCUUUGUCUGAGUUCAAUGGUAACGACGGGACUGAUGGGUUUGAUGAAGGCAUAUCAAAGCGAGAGAAGAAGGCGACCCCGCGUCUCUUCUGUGACAUCUGUGACUGCUUUGACCUCCACGACACAGAGGACUGCCCCACUCAGGCUCAGAGCCCCGACUCUGUACCUCACACCACCUACCAUGGCAACCCUGCCGUUGAAAGGCCCUACUGUGAUAUCUGCGAGGCCUUCGGACAUGCCACAGAGUCCUGCAAUGAUGAUCAGACCUUCUAGAGGCUCCAGGUGUUUUAUUCUCCUUCCCCUUCCUUUUGCUUCCUCCCCAUAAAAACUGCAGUGACCACCUUUUCCUCUCCUGUUCUUUUUCCCACAGUCCAACCCAACAUGUCUGAAUAUAGCCACUGCAAAUUUUUCCAUAAUGUAUUUUUAUACCGUAUUUAUGCAUAUCACAAGUAGCCACUGUCCUGGUCUGAAUCCUUUACUCUGCAGCUCCAUUCUGUGUCAUGAGGAAUGCUCGUCCAAAUACUGUAUGCUGCUUUGGUGCAAUAUUGAUGUUUAUAACAAAAGGAAUCUGUCCUCUGCACUUGUCAUUUUUAAUGUUUAUUUUGCAUUUCAGUUUCUCUAAAAUAACUGAAUUUGUUGAUGGUCAGCAAAGGGAAGCACAGUUGAAUGAAGGGAAGAUGAAGCACCUCUCCACUCUGUUUCACAUCGCUCAGUGUGAAGCUAGAAACCAAUCAGACUGAUGCUGCCAUAACAUUUUUUUUAUGUUUUAAUGCAAUAUUUUGUAAAGCCCUUUUAAUAAAAAAGGGAAAAAUAUUUUGGGAAAAGUAAUUAUAAUAAUAAAACUGAAGAAGUUGUAAUAUUUUGGUGGAAAUAUAGGUAAAACAAGAAAAAAAAAAAAACCAUGCACAUCCUCACCACUAUAUGGGGCAGGUGCCCAGCUGAAGAAAUACAUAAAUACAAAAAAGGAUUAACAGCUGGCGUACUGCAGAACUCCAGUUUUAUUUAUUUAUUGCAUAUUAAUAGUGUGUGCUUUUUAGCAUACAUGCUCUUCAUCACACAGUGAAACAGUUCAGUGCCAUCUUAAAUCACCUGUGAUUAUGCUGCCAUCAGGUUACUUUGCCAUCAUCAAGUAUAAGCAAACUUUUAACGUGGCUCUCUUCAUAAUUAGAUGCAAUAAAUGUAAUUGUUAUUAAAUGGCCCAAAGCUCAAAGCACAACAACACAUGAAUCCUUGAAAAAUAGUUCAAAAUGAUCGAACAUGGUAAUGCAAGGAAUUGUGAAAAAGUAAGAAUGUCCAUUUCUGAAGUGUGUAUGAGCUGGAUUCAUUUUUUUUCAAUAUUAAGACUUUGCCGUUAAGCUGCAUAUGAGUGAAAUCCACAUUCCUACUUUGACAAGGAAAAGCAGACAAAUUUUCCUCAACACUUUGUUUCAACUGCACAUAUUAAAAUAGACAUUUGGAAUAUUAUUACUAAAUUCUUAUAAUGGUAAUUAUCAUAGUUAGUAUUCUAAAAAUACUGCAUCACUGUAAAACCUAAUUUGUUUGUUCUCAGAAUAUUACAACUUUUUCAAUAAAACAUUUGGCUUUAUUAUUUAAAAUGUUCUACAGACAUUUUUAAUGAAGGGAUUUCUUUUUUCUUAAAUAAUUUAUUUUCAUAAUAUUGCGUGUAUUUUCCAAAUGUUACGGCACGUUUUUUUCUUAGACUGCUGCAUUUAUUUUAUCAAAUUAAUAUUAUAUUAUAAUAGUAAGAUAUUUUUUCUUAACUUUAUUCUCAUUCUCACACGACCCCUUAUUCUCAAAACAUGAUCACUUUUAUCAUAAAAUGUUAUGACUUAUUUCUUGUAAUAUUUCAUAUUUUUUCUUAAAUUUGUCACAGAUUUCCAAUUAAAAUAGUUCAAUUUAAUAUUUAAAAUAUUUUUGACUUAAUUUGUUUAAACAAAUUUAGCAACCUAAGUUCUAGUAAUAACCUAAAUGCUGAAAAUGUAAAUAUUUUCUGAUAUGGAUAUAGUUCAAUCUUGACCUUGGAAAUGGUACUUUCCAAAAAAUAAUAAUUUCAGGUCCUUUUUUCAAAGCAUGGGUUUACCUUCACACUUACGUUUUUUCAGUAUAAAGUUUCUUUGCUUAACUAAAUAACACAAUUCUGUUUGUUUAGUAACUGCUUCUGAGCUUUUCAUUAUGAUCUCACAUUGUUCUUAUUUCUAAGAGCUUCUUAAGGACCAUUUCCUGAGAUGCAUAAAAGUUUACGAUUUAAAAGUUGCCUGCAAUAUUGUGACGAAUGGGGAACUUAAUCAAAAGUUACUAAACACCAACUAACCAGAUCUCAUGGUUAGGUUUCAACAGCUUUUUCCAACAUCAGGAACAAACACAUUUUCCUGUUUAGUCUCCCACAGGUUGAUAUGUUUCAAACAAUCCAGUAGAAGGUUACUGAGGGUUAAUAAUGAAGUUGCAUUUUGUUAUUUAUUGUAUGAUCUUUUAUUAGCCAGUGACACCCUUAAGGGAAAAUAAGCUAGCACUGAUUGAAGGUGUAUAGUCUGUACUAGGACUACUGUAGUAUAGGUGGGCUUUUGAAAUGCAUCUGCCUCAUGUUACAGAAAACUGCCCAAAUGAAACUCCAGAAGCCUCUACUAACUUUGAUAGCUUUGCACUAUCCACUUUAAAGAUUCAGUAAAUGUACGUUUUCUUCUCAAAGUAUUUAAUAGUUAUUUUUUCAAGGAGGACAGUGCCGAUCAUUGAGCACUAAUUUUCAUGCCGACCUCUUUAAAGGUACUUUUUGCAAUCUCCCUCUCCACCAUUUAAGGAAAACUUACAGCACCAAGGUGCAGCGUUUGAUCAGGAGGUGUGUUGAAAAUAAGAAUGUGCUCUUAGUUACUUGCUUGGUUAAAUGUAGGUUACACUGGGUACCCCUACAAAUAGCAUUUUUGAGCAGGGGACCAUAUACUGAGGCCUGGGUUUGAGUCUGCUUUCCUGUCUAUUCUCUAUAGUGUACUAUCUAAUAGGCUGAAAAUGCCCAAAAUAGAGUUGUAGGUUACACUGACUUGCUACACCACCUUGUUGUGGAAAUUGGUAUUACACAUAGUGUAGUCCAGCCCUGCUUAAACUUUAGUUGUCUCUUGAAGAUGAGAAUGAUUUUUAAAAAGGAAUUUGCAACAAGUACCUUUAAAGCAAAAGUUUGACAUUUUAGUAAUUUUGCUUUUUCGCUUCGAGAGUUUAAUGACACUGACUACUAAAGUCUAUUCCAUGUUAAAAGUCACAAUACAACUGGAGUUUGUCAAAUGAAUAUAUAUCAUUAUUUAAAGUUACCUUAUGAAUGCCACCUUAUUAUACACUAAAAACAUUUACUGUGAACAUGGUUAUCACAGAGCAUGUGUAACUCCUGUAUAACCUGGUUUCUUACAAAAUAAUAAUAACCUCAAAAUACAUAAUUAAAGCACAUGUUGGCACAUAUAUAGAAAUUAAAAGUAAUCCUAACAUCUGGUGGAUUUUGUAAUUAUAAGCACAAUAAACAAAGUGAUAUGGUAGUACUGUAUGGAUUUCAAUGUAUUGCUAAAGUGCGGUCAGCUUAAAGCUACACCAGGUUAGCUUAGAAAGUGUACUUUAUUGAUCCCCGUGGGGAAAUUCACACAGUGAAGCAGUGGUCAGCCUUUGGGCGCCCGGGGAGCAGUAGGGAUGGUACCUUACUCAGGGGUACCUCAGGGUAGCUGUUCAGGGGAAUCGAACCCCCGACCUUCCGAUCAUGGGGCCACCACUCUACCUACUGAGCUAUCCCUUCCCUUAGCUUAGCACAUAUUGAAGAAUAUUGAAGAAAUAUUGGGAAGCAUUAUAAAUAAUCUGUUGAAAAUAAAACAAAUUGCCUUUUUAAAAAAAAUAAAAUAAUUUUGUACUAUUUAAAGCAACAUGAUCAUAUAACUGCUUGUGAGCUUUAGCGGUGCUACUACAAGAAUGUUAGCUGGUUAAAUUCUUUCAUAACCAGCUGUAUCCUUUAAAGCUGGCAGAAAGCGACUAAGUGAAUUACCUAAAUUGCCAAACUAUUUCUUUAAAUUAACCCUGUAUAGCAGUUUUUAUUUGAUGUAUCUUAUACUAAAGCACAAUUUUGGAUCAUAUUGAAUCUUCCAGUGUAACAGUGUAUAAUACAUGACUAACCACUGACCCUAGUUUUUGUAAAUACUAAUGAGAAGUUUCCUUUUGCUAAAUGUGUACACAGUGCCAUGGAACAAAAAGAUAGCUUUUGUGUGUACAUCUUUUUUUUUUGCCCUGUUGACAAGGCUGACAUUCUAUAAGGUUUUCACUCAAGGGGAAAGAUAUUUGUAUAGACUUUAAAACAUUGUUAUAAGUGAUGAGUCUAAUUAUUAGUGUAAUGUUUUAUAUGUAACAAUUUCAGGCACCAUCUAUAAAUGGUUUCAAACCGUUUUACAGAUGUUGAUGUGGUGGAAAAUGUCACUGUUUUCUAUGUGCUGUAUACUCCUGAACAGUCCAAUAGAAAUGCUAAGAAAAGAAAAGCUACUCUCUUGUCCUUUGUUUCCUCUUACCAGUCAGCCACUUUUGCAUUUCUCCAAGAUACCUUUCAACCUGCAUUAUAGCUGAUUUUAAGACAUGCACAAAGAUAUGGAACAGCUGUGGCACUGCUCGUUUCUUUCCCAGAUGCAUUUUCUUCACAUUUCAAUAGUUGUCUGACAAGAAAAAUAAGGAAAGUAUAUACAUAAAAACAUCUCUGUUGUGAAAUUGAUAUACUCAUUUUCCUGUUGUCUUGGGUACAUUAAUCGAAAUAAAAACGAACCAGGUCUUCAGUACCUCAGAUAUUGUGAGAGUGCAUGAAAAAAGGAGAAAUUUGAAACUUGGCAGUGUAAUUCACACAUGAAAGAGAAUAGCUAAAACCACUCUAAAACGUGGAUGUAGCUUUUGGGUAAAAGAAAUUCAGGCAGUGCGUACGUGCGUUAAACCUACCUAUCUGAAGACCACCAGAUGGUGGUAGUUGUGGUUGCAAAAAUGUUUUGCUAACAGCUGAAUUCCCCCAAGUUUGCGUUUUGUCUUUCUUGUUUGAUAACCCAGUUUUGCUUUCUUGAUUAUAGAUAUGACUCAGUCUUCAUUAGCAGUCAACUUAAUAAAAUACAUUAGCUGUACUGUAAGAGUUGAGCAUUGUACUGUAAGAGUUGAGUGGACUAAAGCAUUUUGUCAUUUGUCAAAGUGGCCUCCAAGCUUCCACUAUUUUUUUUUUAAUUAUUCAGGUAAUUUAAUGAUGACAUUAAGUAGAAGUAAAAAUUGUGAAUGGACAACUGUUCAUUUGAGGCUUCCAAGGGCCCCUAUUGGGGCCUUGGGCAGUCAGUCCUACUAUUAAUUUUUUCAUGUCUUUGUUCCACUGUAACAAAGGUAUGAGUGUCUGAAUAUGUAGCUUUCACAUACUGGCAAAAAUCAGCUAGAAAGCAAGCUGAAACAAGCCACUCAAAAGCAAAACGCAUACUUUGAUAAGGCUGCUAUUUCAGAUGUCCUCAUUAUUCGUGCCCUUUUUCUUCUCACCAAACACUGAACAUCAACACCCAGAAAAUUUUGUGACUUUUAUUAAGAAAACAAAACCAUUGGACAUGAUAAAAACCAAGCACUACUGAUGGAAUAAAUAAGUCAAACCAAACCAUAAAUCUGUACAAGAUCUAAAGAAAAACAAUAUGGUCCCAAGAAAAGAAAAAAAAAAAACAACCCCAAAACAUACAAGAUCUUAUAUCUCACAGCUCUUUUUUUCCAUUUUUCUUUUUUUACAGUUAUGAGCAAACUAUAAGCAAUUGGCUCAAUCAGGUGAAAGCUACAACAUAAGUGAGAUUUUUUUUUUCUUAAACUGAGUGUACAUAAUGCUGUUUAUAACUGUUAAUGUCAAUACAAUAGCAUUUUAAGUUCCAGCGCUGCUGGACUGGGAAUGAGGUAUAUGCUAAUCCGUCCUCUAUACCAAGACAUUUUUUUUAAUUUCUUUUCUCUCCAUCCAUGUGAAUGCUGAUUUGCUGAAAUCUGAUCAAGUAAUUCUGCAUCAUAAAGCCCCUGUUAUGUUAUGAAAUCAUUGAUUUGUGGUGAGUCAAUUCAUUUCAAUCCAAAUUGACAAGGAAAUCUCAAUUAAUGAAAGUAAAUCUUACAUGUGUGAGGUUGUACAUUAGAGGUCACAGGCCUGAAUCCACACAACAAAGUUCAAGUAAAUUGCACAAAUUUGCACAAAACCAAGAGCUUGAUGCCACCUGUGUAUGGAUUCAGCCAACAGACAGCACCUUGAAGGAGGAUUAGAACCAAUGUUUGAGCUAAAAGACUUUAGUAGGUCAUAGAGAAGUAGUGAUACACAGAAGACUUACACGGAGGAGAAGUGAUUAAAUGGUGGAGCAGGUGGGAAAACCAGUCCUGGAAAUUGGUCAAUUUCUACUUAAAGGUGCUAAAAGAAAAACAAAAACACCUGAAGUAGACAAAGACCAACAACUGGUGAUCUGACUGAAGUUUACAAAUUGUAACAUUUUCACAAGACAAAACUAAAUUAACUUCUGGGUAGUGUUCAAAUUCCAGUCUCCAACUGUUUAAAGGAAUAACACGCCAAUUUGCUUCCUUGCAGAGUUUUAUGAUAAUGCGAUAUAACGCUAUUACAUGGCAGGAGACAGUUAGCCUAGCGUAAAAACAGGUUACAACUAACAGCACUGCUAAAAACUCACUUUCUUAUGUGCCAAGAAGUAAUGAGGGAUGUCGUCUCUUGUCAUUCUAGUAUAAAAGUAAAAAAUAAUAAUUGUAAAUAAAUAAUAAAUAGCAUGUUAACAUGUAAGCUAGUUUCAUCUCCAAAGCUUUUCGAAAAAAAAACAAAAAAAAAAAA